AUGGCCGAGUCUUCUCGCCCAGGUGAGGGUCGUGGUCAUCUAUCUCACCAUCAGUACUUGACUUACAACCAGCAGGAUCCUCCGCGGUCUCGCAGGCGAGAGAUCAGAUAUCCCAUUGGGCGAAGUACAUUCGAGAGAGCCGAUGUUCCUACGGACGGGGCUCGUGUUCCUAAUGAUGCUCAAUGGGUAGCCAGGACGUCUUCUCGGUGGUCUACAGAUGACGUUCCGGUACAGACCUUCACUGAGUGGGAAACCUUUGCUGAGCUCCCGAUCCAGGCUUCAGCUUUACCUGAUGGAGACUAUACUUGGUCUCCACCCCCAAUUGAAACUUAUGGCGAGGAUGAAGAAGAAAGCCCGAGACAGAGGCAAUUCUCUUAUGACAGAGGCAACUAUGGCCGUCGCUACAAAAGCCGGUCAAGAUCACCCAUUCACCCACGCCACAAGAUCCCGGGACGUGAGGGAUAUCUGUCUCGUGAUGUUCUCUCGCGCACUGCAGGAUAUAAUGGUGACUGGUAUUCUAGAACAAGGGGCGGGAGCCUUUCAAGCAACGAAUAUGAACCUUACGAUAAGUUUGAUUUCUCAUCGCGGGCCCAGUCGAUCACAGAUCCCUCGAAGGCAGACGAUUCUGAUGCCGAAUCUCCUGAGUCUGAAGAGACAAACAUUGUUAUGGGGCCUUCCAGCCUCAUGAAGGACGAGUCAGCAUCUAAUUCACGCUCUCAGAUAACACUUGUUCAUUCUUCGGCGUAUACUGGGAAUGCCGAAAUGGGUGGUUCUCAUGCAGCAGUAUUAAAUCUUGUUCAUGAUCCCAAAGGACAGAAAAGUCCUCUAUUCCGUUGGCUCCAUGUUCCCCAGGACGUGAUGAACUUUGAAGAUUUCUGGGUUGGGAUUAGCCGGAUCUCCGGAUUGACAAAGCUGGAGAAAAAAGCCGUAACGAGGCUUCGUGCUGAUGUCAAAAAGUCCUGUGUGAAGUCUAGGACCAAUUCUAAAGGUGCCAAGGUUGGAUACUUGGAUCCGAAAUACGUCGAGGUACCAUUGAAACCACUGAAAACCGAGGCGAUGUCGUCCAGUUCAGUGUCUGGCUCAGCACGGUGGAUUUGUAUUCCCUUCUUCUCACUCGAGCAGUACUCUGGUCUACUCGCAGGUACCAGCACAUCUCUUUUUCCAGCUCAGACCUUGCUGCAAAUCCAGUACUCCCGAAACACUGUGGCAAGGGACAUGGAGCAAGCAGUGGUUCAGCUGGGAAUCGCAGAACGCGGAGAGUGCUUCCAUGUAUCUCAACUGUGGUGCCUUGUCAUUGAUAACAGCUUGAUAGUAACAUGUGGGACGAUGACUAGAGACGAUUUGCUCGGCCAAGGGCUUGAGAUUACAGAACGCCCAUCUCGUGCUGUAGUCAAUGAAUGUAACGGCCGAAUUUUGGUGGCAUACGGCGAUUCGUUUGUUUGGUCGUUUGAUGCCGAUGAGUGCCAGACGUGGUUUGCAUUCCUAUCCAAGUUCCAAGCAUUCUGGCCUAAAGUUCCAGAGUUCUGGUACAAGGAUCAAGCCGUCACAGCAAACGCAUGGCCCAGAAUACUCAAAUUGGCCUCGGCCGUCAGGGCGAUGUCACUUAAGAUUACCAUGAAGCUGGGCUCCAAGCCUGACCCUCCCCCACGAGCCAUUCUGCGGCCAGAUCCUCAAGUUCUCACAAGUACGCAUGGUGGAAAGGGCAAACCAGGGACACAGGAAUUUGCUCAUAUGUUGUCCUUGGCGACAUGGGAUGGCAGAGGUCCUCAAAUCCAAGUGACUGGUUUCAAGCUCCUUGAAGCUCAGCUGGAUGCGGCUGAGACUUUUUUAACAUGUGAUACAACCUAUACGGAUCGGAAGGCAUACAAGACCUGCAAAGAAGCUUCGAGAAAGGAGUGCUAUGACUAUCUGGUCGAGUUAUCUGGCCGAAUCGAGGAAGCUGAGGGUGAUUCUUUACAACGUGCGUACGAGGAAAGGGUAGAUAUCUUCAACGCUGUCGAUAUUGUUUAUAGCUUCUUUUUACCCAUGAAUUUCCAAGGCCCCAUGGUCGGAAAGUUCUGGGGCGCGGUCAGAUCUAUAACUGAGUUAGCUAUGCUAGAUGGUAGGCCGGUUUCUGACAUCGCCGGUAGCCUCCGGGUUUCUCUCAGAGACUUGACCCGAAGUCUCCUCGCACUCCAAAAUCUCGUCAUUCAUUCAUCGGAUCAAGAGCGAGCUGAAGUUGAAAUGCCGCCCGAGUUCUCCAAAGCAUGGCUUUACAUCACCAUGGCCAUAGUCUAUGGCUCUAAAGACGACCCUAAGUGCGAUGAUCGGAUGAGAAGGGCCGAAGAGCUCAUCGCUACGGGCUCUAAGAAGCUGGUUCAAGGAUUCGGUGACAACAAUUUGCUAGAAAAGGCUAUUGUAUUGCCGCUUGAAGUGCUUUCACUCAUCACAAUGGGCCUCUUGGAAGAUCAGGUCGGCAAAUCUGAUGACAUAUGCGAUACGUACUCUCAGUAUCUUGGCUCUCUAGUAUGUUUCAAUGCAGAUAACGCCAUAACCCGGCUCGAUCUAGUACAACAAGAGCUCGUGGCCGUCAAGCGAACACUCUGGAAGCAAAAGUCGCUUAUCUAUCGACUACGAAAGUCUCUCACCGCUAUUGAUACAGAAGACAUUGUCAUGAGUCAAAUUGAGCAUGGGAUCGUUUUAAAAGAGGCAGAGAAGCAGUACAACGACAAGCGGUACUACUCAGAAACCUUGCCGCCGCCUCACUCACAACGUCAGGGUGAGGACUAUGAUCGAAUUGUCCCUGUUUCUUAUGCUCAGGAGGUUGCAACUGUGAACGACUACAUGGAACUGGAUGAUGACUUCCUGUUCGAUAUGGCUUCAUCUUCAAAACUGUCUCCUACAGAUGCGGGAGGUUUACGUGGUCUCUUCUUCCUUGAAUGCUCACGUCUCAUCGAGCAACGCGAGUUUGAGUUUCGACGUUUCAGCGAUUUUUCUAAAGACCUCGAGCGAGCGAUUACAUAUAAGAUGGACUUCACAAGAGACCGACAGGAGCGGGCCAUCUAUGCCUUCACCCUAGUUACUAUCAUUUUCUUGCCCAUCAGCGCGGUUUCGAGUAUUUUCGGCAUGAACACGACUGAUGUCCGCGAUAUGAACUACUCACAGUGGCUGUAUUGGGUGGUUGCUAUACCAGUGACGGUUCUCGUCAUUGUCCUAGGACUCUGGUUCAUGGGAGAGUUAGGAAACCUGGCUCGAUGGUUAUUUGGGCGACCAGGAAAGAGGAUCUACGGCGAGCCGGCAGUCAUAUCACAAACAGUCAAACCGGCAUAUUGGGCGGUUCCCCCAACCACUCAGCUGGGCGCCCAACCGGCAGAGUAUUCAUCGCCACCAUAUGAGCCGAGGCGUAGAAGGGUUCAGACUCAAGCAAAUUACCCUGCACGCCAGAGUCGCAUCUAUCGAUCACAAUAA